UACACAAUGCUAUUGAGGAGACUCUUCCUUCAUAAUCAUAUUAGUAAACUGCCUCUGUCAUUAAUAAGAAGUGCCACAACUAAUAUUAUGGCUUGUCAGAAACUAGACAGGUCUGCUGCCGAGAAGUUAAUAUCAGAAACGGACAAUUUUUUAUUUGAUUGUGAUGGUGUAUUAUGGGAUGGACAUGGUGCUAUACCAGGAAGUGUAGAUACUAUAGCACAUCUUAAAAGAUUGGGUAAGAAAGUUUAUUAUAUAACAAAUAACAGCUCUAGUUCGAGAGAAGAUUAUAAGAAAAAGUGUCUGAAAUAUGGUUUUGACGCUGACGUGGGUGAUAUAGUAUGUACAGCUUAUGUUGGUGCUCUGUAUUUACACAAUAAUAACUUUAAAGGAAAAGUUUAUGUAGUAGGAAAUCCUGCUAUGGGAAAAGAAUUGGACAAAUUUAACAUUAAACAUACAGGUAUUGGGCCUGAUGAAAUGGUACAUGAGGAUGAUAAUAUAAACUAUUCAUCACGAGUUGAAGAAUGGCUAAAAACACAACUAGAUCCAGAGGUAAACUGUGUAUUUGUAGGAUUUGAUCCUUAUAUUAAUUAUAUUAAGAUAUUAAAGGCAGCAAGUUAUUUACAACGUGAAAACUGUUUAUUUCUUGGUACUAAUGAAGAUACACAUUUACCAACUCAGGGCAGUGAUAUAGUUAUACCAGGAACUGGAACAAUGGUUAAAGCUGUGAGUCUACCAUCUCGUAAAAAACCUUUAAUUAUUGGUAAACCUGAAACUACCAUGUUUGACACGUUAUCUCAAGCUAAUAAUCUGGAUCCUGCUAGAUCUAUGAUGGUGGGAGAUAGAAUGAAUACAGAUAUUUAUAUGGCUAAACGUUGUAAAUUAAAGUCAUUAUUAGUUUUAACUGGUGUAUGUACAGAACAAGAUUUACCUCUAAAUGGUGUUCAACCUAAAUCAUUUGAAGCAGGAAUAGAAUUACCAGACUUUUAUGCUGAUAAGUUGGGAAUCUUCGGUGAAUUUAUAGCAAAUUUAUGAAUAGAUUAUAUAAUAGCAACAUUUAUUUAGUAUUAUAAGUUGCCAGUAUUUUUGUUAACUUUGUGAUCUCCAUUCUGUAAUUUAAAAUAUUAAAGAUGCUGAUAGUCAUUUGUAUCUAAUUUUUCACGCUUAAACAUACAUUAAAUUAAGCAAGAGCUAAAUCUGCCUAUUGUGGGUCUUUCUUUAGGCCUUAAAUGUUAUCUAAAUUAUUAAUUAGACAUUAAUUAACUGAUCCAGGGCAUAAUUAAUCGUAAAAAUGGAUAAUCGAGACUUGUUAAUUAUAGAACCAACUUUAGUAAUGAUGAUCGAGGCUAGCCGAAAAAUUGAAUUGUUAAUAUCUUGGUUCAGAGUGAAGAAAUUUGGCUGAAAUUUUCAGCAUUUUCUGUUUUCAUUAUUGAUUUUGUAACUAUUAUAGCGGGAACUGUCAGCUCUGUAUCUAAUCUUACCCAAUGCUCCUUUAAAGGACAAUAUUGGUGCCAGUCAUUAUCACAUAUGUGAUAGAACUGGUUAAACACGUUCCAAAUAUUAUUUUAUCACAGAGAUCAUUGCUACGAUAGAUGAGUAAUCAAUGCUUCAACAAUAGGAAGUGACGAACGCAAAUGGAAAACACGAGUUAUCCCUUUAUAUAACUGAAUGAAAUGACGUGUGAUAACAGAUACAUGGGUGAAUUUCUGCUCACUAAUAAUUCCUUCGAAGACCAAAAGUUGUUGUAUGGGACUGUGAAAGGAUAUCUGACAAUUCAUAAACAAAAUUGACUCUCACUAGAUAAGAGAACAUGAAAGGAAAACAGAAAUAGUCCGUGCAUUACCAUGUUUUUAUAAGUAUAGAAUGAAUAAACACCCGUGAAUGUACGGACUGUUUCUAUUUUUCUCUUGUUCUCUUAUCUAAUGACAUGCAAUUACUUUUUUGAAUUGUCAGAUAUACUCUUAGUCUCAUAUAACAACUUUUGGUCUUCGAAGGAAUUAUUAGUGAGCAGAAAUUCGCCCAUGUAUCUGUUAUUACCCGUCACUUCAUUCAGUUAUAUAAAGGGAUAACUCGUGUUUUCCUUUUGCGUUCGUCACUUCCUAUUGUUGAAACAUUGAUUACUCAUCUAUCGUAGCAAUGAUCUCAGUGAUAAAAUAAUAUUUGGAACGUGUUUAACCAGUUCUAUCAUAUAUGUGAUAAUGACUGGCACCAAUAUUGUCCUUUAAUUCAUGCUAAAUGUAAAAUGUUCUCAAAUUGAUUAUUAAACAUUUGAUUAAGGGGUUAGGCUACCCGAAAAAUGUGUUCUUAAAUUCUAUAGCUAUUAAAUUAAAAAUGGCACAAGUAGUUAGAAAAUAUAAUAAACAAAGGAAAACUAACAUUUAAAAAAAAAAAAAAAAUUGUUGCUAGGGUAACACAUUUUUGGGGAAAAAGUAUGAAAACCAUUGGUACACCAUAUCUCUGGCACUAAUAAAGAUAAAUGUCUCAUUUUCGCCCUGCUUAUUCUUUAAUGAUAACCCUAAAAUAAGGCAGAGAGUUUUUCUCUAUAAUUUUCAUAGUUUCUUGGAAAAUGGUGUUUAAAACAUUUGCCUCACCACAAUAUUUUGUCUUUUGAGAAAUAUUUUGAUAACUUUUGAAAUAUUAAUGAUAAUUCAAAUUGCUUUCUGUCUGAUUCAGGGGUAGAUAUUUGUUUAUAUAUCCUGCAAAAUUGGUGAAGAUAUAUCUUAAUUAGUUACAGAGAUAUAUUGUACCUACACUUUUCAUAAUUUUUCCCCCUAUAAAAUGGGUUACCCUGGCAACAACUUUUUUUAAAAGUUACUUUUCCCUUCUUUAUUACAUUUCCUAACUACUUGUACCAUUUUCAAUUCAAUAGCUUUAUAAUUUCAAAACAAAAAUUUUCAGGUAACCUCCCCUCUUAAGAAAACAAAACUAAAUAUCAACAUUAGACAAUCUCCUGGCUUUGAUUCAAUCAGAUUAAAAGAUGGCUAUCAGAAGAUUUUAUUCAACACUUAUAUGUGGCACUGGCUUGUUUAUGUCAUCUGCAGAAGAUGUUGAAUGUUGUGGAAUUUUUAAUUCACAGUAUCUUUAUAAAUAUAUGAAAGAGAACUGAACUAUUUUUGGACUGAUAUUCCUUUUAGAGAUUCAAAUUUCACAAGAUUGUAGUUUUCAAAUAAUUCAAAAUCUAAAAUGACAAUCAGCAGCUUUACUUGAUAUGGCUAAAGUAUAUUAAUAUUACUAGUAUUGAUAAAUUUAAUAAAUGGAAAAUGCAAAGAAAUUAUUACUACUGGACAAUGGAGACUGACUGUACAGAAUAGAUAAAACAUUCUCAUAGAAAACAAAAAAAAAAAAACAAAAGAAAAAGAAAGGGGUGGGGGAGAAAUGGAGUAAUCAUAAGUACAACAUUAUUUCGAUGUUUAAGGAGUUCUGCCAGUUUUCACUUUAUAUGCAAAUCGGUUGCCAAAGUUAUUUAUCUUAUCUGAAAGGUAAAAGUGCCAAACAUUGAGCUGUAUAUGUGCUAAUAAACAUAAGUGUCGCUGUGAAAUACAUUUAUUUUGACAAUGUCUUUCAAUCUGUUCUUUGUAUCUUGAGCCUAAUAUUACAGAUUAAAAUUUCAAUAAUGAGGUUCUUAUAAAUGAUAAGAAAAAAUUUGUUUUUAAUGAUAUACUAUAUAGACUGAUGACUUUGGAUAGUUGAAGAAUUACAGUUCAAAUUAUCAAAGGCAUAUGUCAUUGGAUUUUAAAAGGAAUGAAUUUAUUUAUUAUACCCGGUAAUUGUUAUAUUCAGAUUAAUUAAAUGUUUUAUUUUAAUUUGUAUCCCAAAUAUAUAUAUAGUAAUAAAAUUUUUCUAAUCUUCGCUAUCCUCAGAUUUUGUUAACUUGUGUCACAUUUUCCAGUUACCAUUAUCUUACCUUGGAAAGCAGUAUAGAGAUGGUCCCUACUGAUUCUGAUCAUUUUUCGCAAAAGUUAUUUCGGGAUUAUUAGACCUGUUAGGCUGUUACGAUUAUUGAUAAACCUACUCAUACUCACUGUACAUAGUUAAG